UCAUUACACACAGAGCGAGUUUGCUCUGUGUAGUAAUGACAGCAGGGUGCUGCAGCCGAGAUCCCGGUGGUCCCCAGUGGCGGGAACCCCGUGAUCAGAUAAGAUGUCUAGGGUUGGAGUACCCCUUUAAUUCCUUGCUGCAACCAGUGCACCUCAAUCUGUGGCCCUUUCCCAACACAGUACAGGGCCCACCAGAAUUCUGGGGCUUUCUAAGCAUAUUGCUUGCCACAUAUAGACCUAUGCUUUUAUAUUUUAUGGUAAAAUAGGUAUUCAAAAUCCUAUUUAAAGAAAAUAGACAAUACUCAUCUGAUACCUUUUUCCAUUUUAAUAAUUGGCUCUUUAUACUGGCCACUGCCAGAACAAAAAACCUACUGGUCUGACCAUGCAGCAGUGUCGUUACAAAUGCAUUGUGACUCUGUGAUUGUGUGUGUAUACUCCGGUUGUGAACGCCACCGGCUGGGGCAGCUUCUCCCACUUUUGUAGAUUAUCAGUGAUGUAUUGCCUGCAAACCAAGAGGAUCCUAGGCCGGAACUUGAUGGACUAGUGAAAGAGUACUGUCUUUUCCCGAUACCCUCUGGUAAUGGCUGGUUAAACAGAUCUACUAUUAAUGCAGAAAAAAGACCCUGUGUAAGAUCUUUCAGAGCUGUACAAUGUGCAGUCAGCGGUAUAUAACUACACUUUCCCAUAAGCCUCUCUUUGAAGACUAUUCUGUGAGCAUGGUGAGGAGUAAAAAAUGAUUAGAAUCUGGGGAGUCAGAUUUUGGGUCUCAUGCCUUAUCAUAGCUUUCAUCUUUCUCUUGGUAACACUCCAGGUGAUAGUCGAACUGGGUAAUUUUGAAAAGCAGAAAGUGAGCUCACUUGUACAAGAUGCUGACCAACAGAAACAAUCCAGCUCAUUACUGAAGGGAUUACAUGAAUCCAUCUUCUACAGAAAACUAGAACAUGGAGUGGGCAAGUACCCCAUCAUGCUUUGGUGGUCACCAUUGACUGGUGAGAAUGGACGGCUAGGGCAAUGUGGAAGAGAGACCUGCUUUUUUACGAUAAACAGAACAUAUCUUCAGAAUCCCAUGACAAAAGCUAUUCUGUUUUAUGGCACAGAUUUCCACACCGAUAGCUUGCCAUUGCCAAGGAAACCAUACCAUGAAUGGGCUUUGUUUCAUGAAGAGUCUCCAAAAAACAACUAUAAACUGUUCCACGGACCAACCAUAACUUUGUUUAACCACACAUCUACAUUUAGCCAACAUUCCCAUUUGCCUUUGACAAGCCAGUAUUUGGAGGAUCUUCAGACCCUUACCUCACUUGAGUACUUUGUGUCUCUACAAAAGAAGAAUGUUCUGAGAAGGAAACUUGCUCCUGUAGUCUAUGUGCAGUCAGACUGUGAUCCUCCAUCAGAUCGGGACACUUACGUACAAGAACUAAUGAAAUAUAUCCCUGUAGAUUCCUAUGGAGAAUGCUUACAUAAUCGAGACUUGCCUCCUCAAGUCAAUAACCCAUCAUUUAUGGACGACACCCAAUUUUAUCACAUUCUUGCUCAGUAUAAGUUUAUCCUUGCAUUUGAAAAUGCAGUUUGUGAGGAUUACAUAACUGAGAAAUUGUGGAGGCCAUUGAAGCUGGGAUGUGUUCCCAUAUAUUAUGGUGCCACUAAUAUUGAAGACUGGCUUCCCAGCAAUAAAAGUGUUAUAAUUGUAGGCAAAUAUGCUCAUCCUCGAGAACUUGCACAAUACAUCAACCUUCUGGACAGGAAUGACGGUUUGUAUAUGGAGUAUUUAGAGUGGAAAGUGCAAGGUCAUAUCAGCAACAAUCACUUGAUUCACGCGAUCAAAGAUAGAACAUGGGGUGUGCAAGAUGUAACACAGGACAAUUAUAUUGAUGCUUUUGAGUGCAUGGUAUGCAAAAGAGUGUGGGAUAACAUAAGACUCCAGCAAAAGGGUUUGCACACAAAGCAGUGGAAAGCGGAUUUAAAACACUUGUCUUGUCCAGCCCCCAAACCAUUUUCCUUUCAUCCUGAACGUUCAUCUAACACCAGUAUGAGGAAACUGUGGAGACCCAGUUUUGAACAGUCUAAAAAAGAAGCUAAAGCUCUCAGACUUCUUGUGAACAGGAACAGAAAUUUCACAUCUCAAGAAUUUUGGAAUCUUGUUUUCAAAGAUUAGACUUUGUGUGGUAUAAAGUAGUAUGUAAAAUGGGAACCACGUUUAGCUUAGGAAUUAUAAUGUUAUACUAUAAACAUGCAGAAUUAAAGGACAACUAUAGUGGAACACUUUUAUAUAUGCCCGUGCCCAGGC